AAAGAUACGUCAAGAUCAUUCUUUAUGAUCUUGCUAACCUGAUUGUUGAUGAAGUAAUCCCUAUUCACGAACUUAAUUAUUUUCUCAACAUUCCCAAGUUAUUCUCUUAUUGUGAAACUUAAGCAAGGCAUCUGUAUGUACCGAGAAUUAACACUGUUGAAAACCCCUCAAGCCUUAUAUAUACAACAGUUUGUUAAUAACAUUUGAUAUCAUCGAUAAUCAUGAAGAUUGACGGAGAAAUCUUUCACCCUAUCCACCCACAACACAAACUCAAACUCGAGUACACAGAGAUCCCAUUCAACUGCGAUGGCUGCAAGGAAGCCGGCAUUGGCUUUAAACACACUUGCAAGCAAUGCGAGUUCGACUUGCACAACGCUUGCGCCGUGGCAGAUCAAACCUUCACUCACCCAUUCUACAGAAAAUGCGAGUUCGAGUUUUAUUAUCAACCUCCGGGCAGAGAAAUGAGGUACUGCGAUGCCUGCGGAAAAUACGUUUUAGGGUUCGUCUACCACUGCAAGAGAUGCGGAUUUGAUAUGCAUCCUUGUUGCGCUAAUCUUCCUCAAGUCCUCGACGACGGGGAGCACAAUCUUUACCUCUGUUUGAAGCUGUCGAGUUCGUGCCACCGCUGCGGCGGCAAAGGCGGCGGCUGGUCUUACAGGUCGAAGUGUAAGAGUUACAGUCUUCAUGUGGCGUGUGUGAAGGAACUGCUGGUGGAGAGUUGGCAGGCCAUGUAUUUGAAUGUGGAUAAGAAUAAAGUGAGGGAGAUGCAGACGAGGAUUCCAACUCUUAAAGGCACGUUGAAGAAUCAUCAUGGAGGAAGAGGCGGAAAGGUGAAGAAAUGUUGUGAAAUGGCUGCAGGCGCCGUUAGUAUUAUUGUCUCUGCCAUUCUUGGCGAUCCUUCUGCUUUGAUUGCCGCCGUCAUCGGUGGGUUCAUGUCCAAGUAAUAGUUAGUUAAUUUUCACAGCCACUCUUGUUCCAGCGUGUAUUAUUUUAUAGGAUUUGCUUAAUUAUUGAUAAUAUACUGUCUUUUUUAAA